CUCCUGCCCCUUCUCCCACAAGGCAGGCGGCGAGGGGAGCGGCGGCGGCGGCCCUCACCGGCUCCGCUACAGGUAGGCAGGGACGGAGCCGCUUCUCCUCCCGCCCCGAGCCGGCGCUUCCCCGAGGUAGACGGGGGAAAAGGCAAGGAAGGAGACAUGAAGCCACCUCUGAGGGACGGCGAAGCGCGGUGAGGGCUCCCACAGGAAUCUUGUCUCCUCCUGGCGGCCGUAAAGCCGUUCCUGCCGAAAUAAACCUUCGGGGCGGCACGGGCCGGCUCGCCCCGUUGAGGCCCCGCGGCCAUGAAGCUGCUGCGCUUGCUGUGCCGCCACAAGACGGCCCUGGGCCUGGGCGGCCUGUCACUCUUCGCCGUGGUCCUGCUUUACCUGGCCAAGUGCACCUCCGAGGGCCUCCGGCCUCUGCCAGCCCCCCGCGGGCUGCCACACAACCAGCCAGCUGCCCUGCCACCACGGGGUGCCAGGGGGCCACAGCCCCCCGCCGCCCCGCCAUCUUCCCCUGAGGAGACUGCCUUCCUGGCCGUGCUCAUCACCAGCGGCCCCAAGUACAGCGAGCGUCGCAGCAUCAUCCGCAGCACAUGGCUGUCAGCCGCUGGGCGUCCCCCUCACGAUGACAUCUGGAGCCGCUUCGUGAUCGGCACGGCAGGGCUCGGGGCAGAGGAGCUUCGUAGCCUGGAGCUAGAGCAGAGCCGUCACAGAGACCUUCUCCUCCUGCCGGAGCUGCGGGAUUCCUACGAGAACCUGACUGCUAAAGUCCUGGCCACGUACGUCUGGCUGGAUCUGCACCUGGACUUCCAGUUUGCCCUGAAGGCCGACGACGAUACCUUCGUACGCUUGGAUGUGCUCGUGGAAGAGCUGAGAGCCAAGGAGCCACGUCGCCUCUACUGGGGCUUCUUUUCUGGCCGCGGCCGGGUGAAGUCUGGCGGCAAAUGGAAAGAGAGCGCCUGGGUGCUCUGUGACUACUAUCUACCGUAUGCUCUGGGUGGUGGUUACGUGAUUUCUGCAGAUCUGGUGCACUAUUUGCGUCUUAGCAGAGACUACCUGAACAUGUGGCAGAGUGAAGAUGUCUCCCUGGGGGUUUGGUUGGCUCCCAUCGAUGUGAAGAGAGUGCACGAUCCUCGUUUUGACACUGAGUAUAAGUCCCGAGGUUGCAACAAUAAGUAUAUAGUAACUCAUAAGCAAAGCAUCGAGGACAUGCUGGAAAAGCACCAGACCCUGGCUAAAGAAGGAAAGCUCUGUAAGGAGGAGGUUAAGCUCAGGCUUUCCUACAUGUAUGAUUGGGGAGUGCCUCCUUCACAGUGUUGCCAAAGGAAGGAUGGCAUCCCGUGAAAGUCUGAGGAAGGAAAAGGCAGAAUGUUGGUGGACUUCCUGAGCUUGGUUGCUGUUACUUGGGAAGAAUCCCAGUAACUAGGGCUUAAAAAUUACUCAAAAGAUUUUGCACGAUUCAUUAUGUCACGAUCAAUGAAACCCUGAAACUGCUAAGAGCUACCAAUGUGGCAUGAUGUUUAAAAAGAAAGAGAUGACAGAGCCUGGAAAGGCUCAUACAACAGGAUUCAAGGCAAAUAAUAGGUUGCAAAACAUGGAUAGCACAGAAAAUUUGGGGGAGAUAACUUGGAUGAAAAGUUGCUGGAAGAUUUUUAACCUAAGACCCUAAGAUUUAUUUGCUAAAGAUCAUGACAGGCCUUUCUGCUAUCUCUAAGAUUGUGAAACUAGCAUCUGCCGUUUAUUUCUUGGCAAGGAACGAGUGUCAGUUUGGCAAGUCUGGAGAUUCUAAUGGGGCUGCAAAUCAGUUGCUAAUGCCAGUGGGAACAGGUGGCUAGUUAUUGACACAAGCAGUCAAGUGAAGGGAACAAUUUUACCUAGGAUAUUCCCUCCCUGGGGAGGGAGAGAGAGGCUGUACUUUGACAAGUGCUCUGAUUUACAAAAAUGGAAUUAUUAGACCUUCUGUGUAACUUGCCUCUAAGCUUUUUGUUGUUUUAAAGACAUCAUGUACAUAAGUUAUCUGGCAGCUAUGGAAUAAGUCUGUAUUUAGACAGGUGGAUGAGUUAUGGUGUUUGGCAGAUAUAGAAUAUAUUCUCUUAUUUUGGGGCAAGUAGUUAUGCUACAAAGCUAGCCUUCAGUUGUUAGGCAUAGGUGUUUUUUAGCUUAUCCUCCAAGCACACUGUGUAUGAGGAAACAUUUCCCCUCGCAACAGUAAGUAAGCUCACUGACUACUACGAGGUCAGACAUUGUAAGUCUUCAGAUUUAUGUUGUUCUGGAUUACUUCUGUAAAGUGUAAAUUAGGAAGAUUAGAUCAGUGGAAACUAUUUGGAGUUCAGACAAGAUUGCCCUAACACGGGUACCUCAGCUAAGAAAGUAAAUUCUCUAUGUAGUCAAGAGAGAUAGGAAUUUUGGGGGGUGGGGGAACCUGUUUUAGGAGAACCUGGUCCCUUUUCAAGAGCUACAUUGCAACCUAAGGAGACUAAUCCCCCAACAGUCACACUGAGAUGCCCAAAGCCAGGUUGUGUGGAUUCCCUCCUUCUCUCCAAUAACACCAUAGAGUGGAACUAAACAUAAUUUUACAGGAGGUCUAAGUUAAUUGCUCAAGUGAUAAUGUCAGUAAAUGGUAUUAUAUCCAUUAGUCCCGUCUACACUACAGAUAAUUCUAGCACUGACAGAGCUUGUCAGCAUCAAAUGCAGUAUCGAACAGUAAAAGCAGACAAGACAUUCUUGGCUGUAGAACAGAUCACUUCCACAAUUUCUCCAUGUUACUUAUCUUCAAACCUUUAGGUAAGCCUGUAAUUCGGCAUUUUUGAAUGGCAGGUGCUCUAAUACACAGAAAUACUUCUUUUUCCAGUACUAGUACAGGGCUGCUGACUUCCAGUAACCUUUGUCAGCUACAGAUCUUUCAGUAUAAGCAGAAUUUUACUUUUAUGCCCAAAGGGCAUUCAUAAUUAUCAGUUUUACUGUUUGUUGCACACUGCACUUUCAUACAAUUUCAUUCCCUCCUCUCCCUAGUUCAGUGUCUGUUCCCACCUGCAGGAAGAGACAAACUGCAAAGGAAAAAAAAAAAAAAAGGGGGUGCCAAUGUCUCUGUAUUUUUGCUUCUUAAAUUAGCAAGUGAGCAAUUCAUACCAAAGGAAUCAAGAAUGGGGUUUGGGUUUUUUUGUUAUUCUUGUUUUGAUUAAAUUAUUGAGGAUUAAGAAUAGUCUUCUACAGAGGCUGAUAAUUCUCUUUUUUUUUUUUUGAAAACUUGAACGAAUCUUUGACUUCCUUCUAAAACAAAGUUAAAUUAAGAUACUGAAAAAAAAGAAGUUAUUUUAGCGUGUGUCCAUUCUAAUGCAUGCUUAUGUAUUGACGGAUAGGCAGAUGUUCUUUUCAGCAAGGUAUACUAUUCCAAAACAAGAAUUUAACGAGAUUACAGGAAAUUUAAAUUGGCUUUAGCAUUUUAAAAAAAUACCUAUUAGCUAUUUGGGGUUCCCUAGUAUUGUGUAUAUAUAUAUGUGGUUAAACGCUUGUAAUGUGAGUAUUUAUUUAUAAUUAUUGAAAAUGUAUUAUGUAUAGAAAAAAUAAGAUAGUUAAAUGUCAUUUUACAUUUGUUGAAGGAGGUACUGUAAUGUCCAUGAGAAUGGCAUAUCAAGCAGUGCUUGAGUUUCUUGGUGUAGAAGCCAUUAUUUAAAGUACUGGGAUCUGAACUGCAGACGAAGAGUCUACUGCAUGUCUCUCAAGCUAGUAAGAAUGUACUGUUUAUCCAUUUUUACCAAUAACUGUGUUCAUGGAGGUUGUUUUCGUUGUUGACUUUGACUCUCCCUGCCCGCAACCCCCAUCCCCACCCCACCAAAAAAAGUAUUUUUCAUUGUUGGCAAAACUAAUGGCAGAGAAAUGCUGGAUCUCCAGCUGAUAUUUGACCCCGUGGAAGACAUUAUGCAUACAAAUACUUAAGAAAUUCCCUUGAAGAGUUUCUCACACAGGUGUCAGGAAUACGACGUGCACCCCGAAAUACCUGGCACAGCAGAUCCCUGGACUGUGGCAGAGCCGGUGCCUGGGUGCGCUGCCUGCGUGCUGGCGAGAUGGAGCGCAGAACCAGCAGUGACCACUCUUAACACUCUUGAUAUCGGGUCUGACACAGCUUCGUUACGCCCUUUCCUAUUUAAGGUUACCCGUGUUUUGCUCUAGUUGCAAAACAAAUCAACAUGGAAGGUUUGACAGAUUCUUUUCUUACGGUAAGGGGGUUUAGUUUUCAGUAGGCACCCCCUUACUGCAAAUAUAGCACUUUGGCUUCAAUCCCAGUUAAUCCCACAAAAGUAAAAGAUGAAGUUUUUAGACUUUUUUGCUAUUUUAAAAGCAAAUUAAAUCAUUUGGGAGAGAGCAGACAUCCCACAUGUUGUGUCAAAAAACACAGAAAAACAUUAACUAGCACAGGAUUUCUUUUUUAUAUAUAUAUUACAAGAAAGAAUGUGCAUGUGAGAGACCUAUUGGUGUUAUUUUGAAUAAUCAGGAAACAUCCAUCUAUUGCCUGAGUGAGUCACCAAGGUUUUAAAACUUACAGUUUCAGUCCAAAAAUUCAUUUUUGAGCGCAUUUUUUCUAAAGCAAGAUAUAAAGCACAGUUUGAACAACAUAUGGAUUGAGUAUUUUAGUAGUAGUAAUUAAAGGCUUAUCUUUCAUACCUUCUCAGGACCGGGUCCCGUAUUUCCUGACAUCAUCUCAUCUAGUAUAUGAUGUUUUUAUACUUGAAAACUGUGGUGUAAUCUUUGUCCUUCUUGAAAGUCAGUGGGUCCAGCCUUUGGAGGAUGUUGAAGUGCUGCUGAGUCUUUAUUGCAGCUAUAUGAAACUGGAAAGUUUUGUUCUGGGCCUUAGUGAAAAUUAAAUUAUCCAGGAACAGAUUUAUCUUCUUGUUUGUAGCCAUUCUUAGUGGCAAUGGGUUAGCGAUAUGUUGGCCUUUUUAUUUAAAUAGCGUUUCUGAUGGUUUCCAAGUUUUCAUAAUACUUUGCAUUUUUAAUAUUAUUGUUAGUACAAGGAAAAAUUAUCACCUCAUCUUUUCUAGAUAUCGAUGUUACACACUCUUAAGUUGGGCAGCUGUGUCAAGUCUGUGAGGCUAUGUUGGCAUCCGUUCAGGACUGCUGUUGAGCUGAUCGGUAACACUCUUCAGCUUUUUAUUAUUUUUAAAAAACAAAAAUCCAUAAUCAGGCAUUUAGCAUUCUACCAGAGCUAACAGAUGCACUAGAGAAAUUAAUUGUUCAUGACAUGUCCCCUCCAUGAUCAUAUCUAAGACUUGAUACCGACGUAUUUAAAGCUGACAAUGGCAUAAACUCAACUGCAAAGUUGAUUUUAUUUUCCAGAGAAUUUUUUAAAGUUAUGUGCAACAUGACUUAAUUGCUUUAGUGUGUAAAAAUAAGUAACUAAAACAUUAAUUUCCAUACUAAAUAAACCAACAGUUAUAUUUAAAAAAAAACAACCCUCAGGCUUCCAAGAAUUCCUAGUCAGUUCAAGAUUUUAAAAAAACCAAACCCAACUUAGAAAUUACUAUUCCUGUAAGUGAAUCCUUUCAUUUCUCAAUGUCUAGCCUUGUUUGUGUGAAGUUUGCUCAAAUCCAGCUUCUACCUGUCAUACUUUUGACAAAUGUUACGUUUUCUGUAGUUGAAAUGCCUCUUUUUUGAGCACUGAAACUGGGAUUUCGUAUCUGUUAACAUUAAUGUUUUGGGGGCCGAGGGUGUUGGCUUUGCAGAUUUGAUGAAACGCCCAGCAGGAAGGGGGGGGUGUGCGUGAUUAAGGGAAGGUGAUUAAGAAUUGCAUUUCUGUUCCUUUCUGUUCAGCAUCAGAGUUGAAAUACGGGUUUGGUAUUGCUGUACGCUUGACAAACUGUCGACACCUUCCCUCCUCUAUAUUUUAUUUAGAACACACUGCCUGCGAGACUCAAAUCUGUUGCUACUUGUACCGGUGUAAGAUAUGCUUUUACCUUGGGACUGGAACUACUUUAUGCCAACAUAAUAUGCCAGUUCUUACUUUCUAAUACAGACUCUUUAGGUAAUGUCUAGUAAAACUUGGAAACGGAUCAGUCUGUUACUUGUAGCCUGUCUGAAGCUGAAGGAUACCGCGUAAUAAGUGUGCCUUUAUGAACCAGAAUUCGCGUGGGGUACUGUGCUGAGUGUCUUCUAAACGAGUGAAUGAAAUUGCACAUUUUUUUGCAGCCGCAUAACUGGACCGUUUGGGGGGCACGGUGUGGCACACCCUUUAUUUGCUCAGCAUUUAGGUAGGAAAUAAACUGCUAGAAACCUGAAGCUAGCUAAGAUGAUGAAAACUCUUGGUAAUUGCGUAAGCGUAUCGUCUAUGUAUUGAUGUCCUUUCAUGUAUGCCUUUAUUGGCCAAAGGAUCUGUGUGCUGUGAUUUUUAAUAAAAGACU